UGUGUUGCAUUGUCCUCUAAAAAAAUUAAUUUUUGUGGUAGAAGAAUUCCCUGAUUAUUAACAAGUGUUUAAUAAUUAGGUUAGAGUAGAUUAUAUUACUUUCUUAAUUAUCACUCAACACAUAUUACAAUGAGGCAAAUAAAAAAAUCAAUAACCACAUAUUUCCUUCACACGAAGUUAAAUAUAAUGGUUUUUGCAAUUUACUCUCCUUAUUUUGUCCAUUUGGUUAAUUAAUACUUGAGUGCCACUUAGAUUUGUUUAUGCAGUUGUGUGUCUCAUUCAUUAUUGAAAAAGUGUCAUGUGCAUUGUCAAGAUUGACAAUCCUUGUCUACUUCUAAAAUGUUUCUUAUAUUUCUGAGGGCUGCCAAAUAUGUUGCACUCUUCCCUAUUCUCUGCUGCCAGGCACUAAAUUGAUCAUGAAGAGAAUUAUUACACAUUCAUAAUACCUCACCUAAGUGAAAUUCAUGUCUAUUGUUGCUAACUAAUCUUCACUUUUAAUGAUUAUUAAAUACAUUUUAUCAGAGAUUGAUAAUGAGUCAUUUGAGCAACUCAGGUGAGGAAUCACUGACUACUAAUCUGGUGAAUGAUGGAGCAAACUUCAAUGUCAAAUACAAGGACACUGAUCUCUACUCAGUAUACUGCAUUGAUCAGUGUGUUGCAUGGCUCAUCAGCCAUGCAUUUGAAAAGGUUUGUGUCCAGUUUCCACAAGAUUGUUGUGCUGAUGCUCCACUGGUGAUGCUUCUUCUGCAGGAGAAGUUACCUGAAGUUCAGUUCUCCAUCAUCUUCAACUCAAGUGCUGCAAAAUGCUGUGUGAGUCAAAAGGAUGCAGAGUACCGUACGGCUGACGCGGUUGUGCAGUUUGGACGGACAUGCUUGACUCCUGUGGCGCGACUGUCUGUGUUGCGCGUGCCAGCCCCGCGCUGGCGAGCAAACGUACCUAGCCUGUGUCAGGGCCUUCGCAGCUUUCUACAAGAGAAUCAACUUGACAACGACAACAAGAGAAUUAUAGUUCUCUACGACACGAGAUGCGCUUAUGCCAUGGGAGCUGUGGAGCAGGAACUUCGCCCUGAGUUUCCUAAUAUUAUGAUGUCACGACUUUUAAUAUCUCAGAGCGUAUCACCCGACACGAUCACUACUGAUAGCACUGUCACUAUCGACCCCAUUGCUGCCGAAUGUCUAGUCGAUGUAAAUGAAAAGAUAAGCCAAAAAAGAAGCCAAGAAUGGAAUUUCUUGUGCUUUUGUCCAUCUGAUUACAGUCUAGGUGUUUGUAACUUUUGCUACGGUUCUUCCUUUGGUAGCAAUGUCAGAAAAAUUAAUGAAAUUGCACGUGCAGACUUUUUGACUACUUCCGUCUGUGAAAACGGUGAGAGCUUUGUAAAUAUCAGUGGCAGAAUUUUUAGGCUACCUAAUAGAAUUUCCAAGGAUAAUAUUGUAUUCAUAUUCAUCGGUCAUCAAAGUCCCACUUUAACUUCAUUGUCUCUCAAGUUAGCCACUUUUCCACUGUAUGUCAUUCACCCUGAAACCGGCGCGGUGGUAACUGCUACUGCCCAAAAAAUGGUGAUGCAGAGAAACUAUAAAAUUGAACAAAUACGCGACGCCCAGAAGAUUUGCUUGCUUAUUUCAAACUUUAGUUUGCCAAGGUACAAUGAUAUCGUUACUCAACUUUCGAUACUGGUGAAGAAAUCAGGAAAAAAACUCUUCGUCCAGUAUUCAGCACACCCCGACUUGCCGAAGUUGAUGAAUGUGCCCGGCAUUGAUGUAUUCGUGUACAUAGCUUGUCCCGAAAGCUCUGUCAUAGAAAGGGAAAUUGACCCGGACUUGUACAAGAUGAUGGCAACUCCAUGGGAACUUGAAGUUGCUCUCAAUCCUAAUCGUGAAUGGAAAUUAGAUUUUGAAACGGACUUCAGUGAACUACUCGCCUGCAACGAUCACCAGACUUCAACAGUUUCAAAUGUGAAAGGAGUACCUCCAGAUACCGAUCAGUACUCCGUGUCGGUGUCUUUGCUUAGCAACAAGACUCAGUCACUUGGUAUAGCUCCGACUAUCGAGGUUACGUCAGAAUCUAUUGCUGGGGCCUUGGUGGCGGUGCCCACUCGUCAGGUCGCUCAGAGGCUACAGGCAGGAAGGGCUUUGGGUCUUUUGAAGGGCGAAGUGCCUUGGUAUGGCUUGGACCCAACCAUCUCUGCAGCCAGUGACGGUGGAUGUGUGGAAGGAAGGAAAGGUGUUGCUGGAGGCUAUUCGCAAGAAGGUAGCUGAUUUAUGUUAAAAGCACCUCUUCCCAUGACAUUGACGGAAUAAAUUUGAAAAAAC